UAGUAAAGGGGCUGAGAAGUUUGCCGGACUCUUGAAAUGUUUUAAGAGAGCUCUGUUUUGAUCGGGAUCUAAUCUUGUAGGGCUGAACAGAGUUUUAGGGUUUGAGAUCCAGAAGAUGAAGACGGUUCCUUUAGGAUUAGCUGCGGCUUUGCUUGUUCUUUGCCUUUCUUUUGCUCAGCUACGAGCAUCGGACGAUGAGAUCUUUUACGAGUCCUUCGACGAGAGUUUUGAAGGCCGCUGGAUCGUGUCCGAUAAGGACGAUUAUCAAGGUGUCUGGAAGCAUUCUAAGAGUGAGGGGCAUGCUGAUUACGGACUUCUAGUAAGUGAGAAGGCAAGGAAAUACGCCAUUGUAAAAGAGCUCGAUGGGCCAGUGAGUCUCAAGGACGGAACUGUGGUCCUCCAGUUUGAGACUCGCCUUCAAAAUGGGCUUGAAUGUGGUGGUGCCUAUCUGAAGUACCUACGGCCCCAAGAUGCUGGAUGGAAAGCUAAGGAGUUCGAUAAUGAAUCUCCUUACUCUAUCAUGUUUGGACCUGACAAGUGCGGGGCUACAAACAAGGUGCACUUUAUCUUGAAGCAUAAGAAUCCCAAGACUGGGGAGUACGUUGAGCAUCAUCUAAAGAAUCCUCCUUCCGUUCCAGCUGACAAAUUGUCUCAUGUUUACACUGCCAUUCUUGAAUCUGGCAAUGAUGUGCGCAUUCUCAUUGAUGGGAGUGAGAAGAAGAAGGCCAAUUUCCUUUCUGAGGAUGAUUUUGAGCCUCCACUAAUUCCUGCCAAGACAAUUGCUGAUCCAGACGACAAGAAACCUGAGGAUUGGGACGAGAGAGCGAAAAUUCCCGAUCCCAAUGCAGUGAAGCCAGAUGACUGGGAUGAGGAUGCACCAAUGGAAAUUGUAGAUGAGGAAGCUGAAAAGCCUGAAGGAUGGCUAGAUGAUGAGCCUGAUGAGAUCGAUGAUCCUGAGGCCACCAAGCCAGAAGACUGGGAUGAUGAAGAGGAUGGUGAAUGGGAGGCACCAAAGAUUGACAACCCAAAAUGUGAGACAGCUCCUGGAUGUGGUGAAUGGAAGAAACCAAUGAAGAGGAAUCCCGAAUACAAGGGUAAGUGGCAUGCCCCAGAAAUCGACAAUCCUAACUACAAGGGAAUUUGGAAGCCUAGGCAAAUCCCUAACCCUAGCUACUUCGAAAUUGAAAAACCAGACUUCGAUCCUGUGGCUGCAAUUGGAAUUGAGAUCUGGACCAUGCAAGAUGGUAUCUUGUUUGAUGACAUUUUGAUUGCCAAAGAUGAGAAAAUUGCAACUUCAUACCGUGAUGCCAAAUGGAAGCCAAAGUUUGAAGUUGAGAAAGAGAAACAGAAGGCCGAGGAAGCAGCUGGACCAGAUGGUCUCGCAGAAUACCAGAAGAAAGUAUUCAAUGUCCUCUACAAGAUUGCAGAUAUCUCCUUCCUAAGUCAAUACAAGUCAAAAAUAAUUGAUGUCAUUGAAAAGGGCGAGAAACAACCAAACCUCACCAUUGGCGUCAUAGUCUCAAUAGUGGUGGUUUUCUUCACUAUCUUAUUGAGGCUACUCUUCGGAGGGAAGAAGCAACCGGCAAAGAGAGAGGAGAAGAGUGCAGUAGCUGCAGAGAGUUCCAGCGAUCAAAGUGGCAGCGGAGAGAAGGAAGGAGAAGAGAAGGAAGAUGCGGCUGCUGCUGCCCCCCCUCGUAGAAGGUCUGGUGCUAGGCGAGAUAAUUAGAGGGAAGAAUCAAGUCUUUUGCAAUUUGCGGUUUUGGAAUGCAAAAGUUGAAAGAAACUAGCUGUGAUUGUAUGCCAGAUUCUUCAAAUUUUUUUUCUUUGGAGGUAGUCGUGAAGUAUACUACUUUGAGGUUUAGAUAUUGAGAUGUCUGUGCCGAUUGUGAAACUUGGGGCUGGGAUGGAUGGGAGAAUUUUGAGGAAAAAAUUGCUUUGGAUAACUAUUUUUUAAAUUUUAUUCCUCUUUGCUUUUUUUUUUUUCCUUGAUUUACUUUUACAAAUUAAUUUCUUAUCAA